AUGCGGAUAUUAAAACCUUCUCUUGUCAUACUUUAUUUUGGUGGAAAUGAUUCAGUAGAUCCUGAAUUUCCUGGCAGUACUCAUGUCCCUCUUCAAGAAUAUGUUGAAAACAUGAGGAGGAUUGCACUUCAUAUCACGAGCCUUUCAGAAAGUACUCGUCUGAUAAUGCUAAAUGCAACUCCGGUGAACGAGGAACAAAUUGUUCAAUUUUAUGACGAUAAUCGAAGUAGAAAUAAUGAGACAGGCCGCAUAUACUCAGAAGCUGGUAUAAAAUUAGGCCAAAAAUUAGGCGUGAAGGUUAUAGAUUUUUGGUCUACGCUUCAGGAACACCCUGAUUGGGAUGGGAUGCAUUUAACAAAAGAAGGAAGUGACAUUUUGGUCAAGAAAAUCUCGAGGGUACUCCGAAAGGCACAGUGGAAGCCAAGCCUACAUUGGACAAAAAUGGAUGAUGAAUUUUCUGAUAUUAUCAUUCCACUUGCUUCUGGGAUGAACCUUGACAAUUGGCAGAAUGAGUAUAAUGAAUAA